AUGGCGGUCGUCCCCGAUGGCGCGCCGGAAGGCGUUGUCACCGAGAUCAAUUCUCACCCUGAUCCAACCGGCGUUAUCUCUGACGAGAAGAAAAUGCAGUACGACGAGAAGAACCUGAACGAUAUCGAGGUUGCUUCUGAUAAAGCCGGUGAUUCAGAUACCGACUCGGCUGCAAAGAUCUAUGUUCCGGAGGACGACGAGGAGUUCAUUGAUCCUCGUCUCAAGGACUACCCCGUGCCCCUCGUCGCUAAGACAGUGGCCUUGCAUAAUGACUUCAACGAGCCAAUUUUAACCUUCCGUUUCUGGUUUCUGUCCACAUUCUGGGUUGUCGCCGGUUGCGCUAUCUCAUCGAUGUAUUACUUCAAGCCUUACUACCAGUCGUUGUCCAGCUAUGCUGUACAGCUGCUAUCGUGGGGAAUGGGUGAUGCUAUGGCCCGAUAUCUGCCUACGAGGUCCAUUUCCUUAUUCGGCAAGUCGUUCAGCCUCAACCCUGGACCUUGGAAUGCCAAGGAGCAUGCUCUCAUCAUUGUGGCAUAUUGGGGAAGCUGCUAUACUGCCUACGGCCUGGGGCCGCUGUCCGCCCUGGAGCUGUACUAUGGCAGGAAGUUGAACCCUGGUUGGGGUAUUCUCUUCCUCCUAACCACACAGAUGAUCGGAUAUGGCUUCGCUGGUAUCUUCCGUGAUAUCCUCGUUCGACCCCCUAAGAUCUAUUAUCCUGGCGUACUGCCCAAUGUCCAGCUCUUCAGCGCCAUGCAUAAAAAUCCGUCGGUUACAAAGAACUCGAUCAAGUUCUUCGCUUAUGUCGCUGCAGCAACUUUCUGCUGGCAGUGGUUCCCUGGCUUUGUCUUUCGCUACAUAAUGGGCUCGGGUUACUACGGUUUCGGAAUGCUCGAUAUUUCCUUGGAUUGGAACUACAUCUCUUUUUUCUCACCGCUGUACACUCCCCUCUGGGCCAACAUGUCCCAGAUCAUCGGGGCUAUCGUUGCCUGCUGGAUGAUCUACCCUAUUAUGUACUUCAGCAACACACUCAACGCUCAGAACUACCCACCCAUGUCCUCGGGCACUUUCGACAUCACCGGGGCUAGGUUCAACAUCUCUCGCAUCCUUACGCCCGAGUACACCCUCAACCAGACUGCUCUAGACAACUACUCUCUGCCUCGCUGGUCUAUGUCCUACGCCAUGUAUUUCUUCUGGGGUUUUGCUUGCUCUGCCGGCGCUCUCGUCUAUUCUGUGCUCUGGUACGGCAAGGACUCGUAUAUUGCAAUCGUUGAAGCGUGGAAGGGUCGUCGUGACGAUUACAAUGACCCGUACCUGAAGCUGAUGAGCCGUACUCCUCGCGUUCCCCACUGGUGGUACAUUGCACUGCUCAUCCCCUGCUUUGCACUGUCCCUGGGCUGUCUGUACGGUGCCGACAUAGGUCUGCCUUGGUGGGGAUUUAUUGUCAUCUGUGUCGUCUCCGUCAUAUGUACCUUCCCCAACGGUAUUCUCUGGGGUGUGGCCAACAUGCAAGUUGGUAUGGCGUUCUUGUCCGAACUCAUGGCCGGAGCCAUGUUUGCUGGCAACCCAAGCGCCGUUCUGGCGUCGAUGGUUUAUGGCAGGCAAAUUCUGGAGCAAAACCUUAAUCUCAUAUCGGAUUACAAGUUUGGAUUUUAUAUGAAAAUUCCCGAGAAGGAGAUGUUCUGGGGUCAAGUGUAUGGCACCUUACUGGGACCUUUCGUUAACUACGGCAUUAUGCGUCUGGUCAUCGACAAUAUCGGCAGUGAUGUUCUUCUCGGUGUUAAACAUUCGAAUGCCUGGUUGGCGCUGAAGACCAAGAAUUACUACUCUCUUUCCGUUCUAUGGGGUGUCCUGGGUCCCAAGGUUCUCUUUAAGUCCGGCUCUGACUAUGCCUGGAUAUACUACGCGUUUCUGAUUGGCCCUGCGCUGGUCUGCCUCGUGUAUAUUCUCCAUCGGUUCAAGCCUCACUGGGAGCUGGAGACACGCUGCAACCCCGUAGUCAUCAUGUAUGGUGCUACAUGGUUCCCCGUAUACCAGACCACCAACCUGAUGACCUCUGCGUUCGUGGCGCUGUUCUUCAUGGGCUACAUGUUGCGAUACAGACCUGUAUGGUUUCGAAAGUACAAUUACCUGCUCGGCGUUGGCUUGGACUGUGGUACACAGAUCUGUUCGACGAUCAUAAUGUUCGCCAUCAAUCUGCCCAACGCUACGAUGCCAAACUGGUGGGGCAAUGAUGCUGAGCAACUCGACCGGUGUUUCCCCCCGGCAGAUCUGCCCGCAAACGCUCUGAACUAG